UUAUAACUCUCUGUGUUCGUCUUGAUAAUUUUCUGUCUCUUCCUUUUCUAUUGUUACAGAGUUCCAUGCAGAUCUGGCAUGUGUACCACACCGUUGCAUGUCACAUCUUCCCAGCUGAUUGCAAGUGAAAUCUUUCCUGCUGCUGCAGUUAAGGCCCUCCUCUACCCCGGAGCUGUUGCAAAUGGACUUGCAAAAAACAUGACUGUCCCAAGUUGGAAUAACCUAUUGGAAGUCUAUAACUUGACUAGUGCAAAGGAAGCCUCUCCGGUUACUGAUCUCCAGCGCUUAGAGGUUCUAGCUGGAAGUUACUUCGCUGUGGCUGGAGCUCUUGUGGGAAUUCUAAAACGAGGGAGGAUGAGCAUGUUCGGGAUGCUUCUAGUUCUCUGGGGCCUCAUCAAAGAAGGGAUUCUCGGAAAGCCCGUGAACACAGACCCUACAAAAGCUGUGUUUGUCUACCCAACCAUGCUCAUUGCUGUAAUCGCUGCUUUCUCGUCUGUAAAGUAUAAUAUGAAGAAGGCUGCUGCAAGAAGUGCACCUGCAGCAAGGCCCAUUGCAAAGCCUCUUCAAAGGUCUUCAAAAUCUAAGCUGAAAUGAGUUCAAGUAUGUAAUCCAUCAAAUUUUUGUUCAACCUUUCGGGGUUCGUGAGGAAACUGUACGUUUGGUUCCAAUAUGUUGUGUUUCUGAAAAAAAAUUAUCGUCAGUAUUGAAAAUUACAGUUGUUUCUCCAAUCUUUCAUGUAAAAAUUACAGUUGAUUCUAUGCUUCCUGUUAAAAUACAUCUACAAAGAUUCAAUUCCGUACCUAUAUUUUCAAU